CCACACACGAAAAGCAAACGGAUCCGGAUCAUCCCCAGAGAGGUCGCAUUCUCUAUUGCCGCGCUAGCCAGGAAUGACGACAAUGCCAAUGGCAACAGUGGCAGCGGUUCCAGUGGCUGCUACAGCCGUACGUCGCACCGCUGCCCGGGCCACCGCCGGUGUCCAACGGCGUCGGGUGGUCAAGAAGCACAUACAACAGAAGUACAUGCUCUGCGGCUUUGCCAUACACGCCUUUCUAGCAACACCCGCGUAUUUAUAUGGCAAUAUUGUGGAAUCGGACAAGGAUCUGGUGCUGCGCAUUUGGCCAGCGAUUGUCUAUCAAGCUACCGGCGAGCUUUGCCGCUCCAUUAUGGAACAUCUGGACACAGAGUAUAGCGGUCGUGCACGGGAAACGAAUCAAUAUAGGCGCAUCUUUCUGCUAGCCACACUGAUUGCAUGCCUAUCGCUGAUGAUUAGUGGCAUAUUUUUCUCGUCCGCCUGGGUGGUGGUCACCACCACCACUCAAACGGUGGCCAUUGUCUUCUACGGCUGCUUUGCGGGUAUUGGCUCCAGCCUGUAUUUGUGGAAAACCCAUGUUAUACUAGAGGCAGUCCGUCCGCGCGAGGACAAAUACGUGCGCAAAACAAUUCAUCUGUGUGGCGAGGCCUUCUGCCAGCUGUUCCUGUCGUUCGUCUUCACCAGCCUGCGCACUCUGUACGGCACGGCACAGUCCAUUGUGCUAAUGUCGGCAAUGCUGGUAAAUCUCAUUCCACUGAGUCUAAUCAUCACUAAGCAUCGGGAGGAUGCAUUUACCACCAAGCGGAUAUCAGUGAUCAAGGCUGAGACUGGUUUCGGUGCAUUGCCAUUGCGUGCCGCGCUAGCGGCUAACUUUGUUGCUGACCAGCUGGACGGGCUGGACACGGCAAUGUCGUGGCGAAAUCCGGCUACAGAGAUGACCAGCACUGCGCCUGCGGCAGCUGUGGCCGCCGCCGUCGUGGAUACGCACAGCAACUACAUGCUCGCCACGGAUGAGGCAUAUGUCACCUAUGUUAACCCCAAUGGCGUCGAGAUUAUGGAGAUAAUACCCGAAGAGGAUGAAACGGUGUCCAUAAUGCGUUCCAGCAAUGCCACCAUCGAUAAUUACAGCAUGUCGCAAUCGCAAGUGCUGCACAAGUCCCAUUCAAAUGGUCGACUCCAUGCGCAAAAUCCGCCAAAUAUCACUGGAACGGGCAGCUCAUCUCCGCUGCCGGAGACGCACGCGAAUCUGCAUCGCAUACGACGCAUGUCACGCGCGGUUACCUCGCAUUUAUGGUGGAAUCUGCUGGAUAAGAUUGCCAUGCCGCUGCAGCAUGCGUUGAUGGUGCCACAGCUGUAUGCCAGCACGCUGCUGCUUUCGGCGGACAUCUUCAGUUAUGUGAUGUGCCUGACUGUGCUGCCGGGACUGGCUGUUAGCCAUCAUGCGCUCAAGAACGCCGAAAUUCCAUUUCUGUUCUCGCUGCUGGCCUUUCCAUGGAUGUGCUUUUCGCUGAUGACGCCGCGUUUCGGUUCAAGCCUUUACAAACGCAAGCUACAGUGGUACACAUUGGGCAGCAUCUGCAAGUGCCUGGCGCUCAUUUUUAUUAGCUUCUCCACAUCCAAGCUGCUGCUGAGCGUUUCGGCUGUGCUGUUGGGCUUUGGCCAAGUGGUCACCGCCUUUCUACAGGAGAUGGUCUUCCAGUUGGGCAUGACGCGCGCCAAUUGGACAGCCAUACGCCGGCCAGUGCACUUUACCAAUGGUUUGCUGAUACUCAUCUGGGGCGCUCUUGCCCAUUGGGUCGUUGUGAACUACUCGUUUCAGGCAACGGUGGGCCUGGCGGGAGCUUUGUAUGGAUCAACGACAUUGCUGUGGAAUUUUUUGUUUUUCUGUUGCCAGAGCAACGAUUAACACUAUCUCUAGCCAUUAGAAAA